AGUUCCCUGGCCAACCACUCUGCUCAGCCCAGAGGUUCAGCCACACAGAAGAAAAAGUUAAAAUCAACUCACAGCAGAGGAGGGAGGGAGAGAGGGGGAGAAUACGCCCUGGAAACUUGGUUGAUCGAGAAAAAGGAAAGGAGUGACAGAAUCCUAACACACUGCAAAGCUGGGACUGGAAGAAGUGCUUUUGGGCAGGGAACUGGACACGUUUUCCAGGAUGCUCAAGCUGGAGUGAGGCUUCUUGAGCGCACAGACUGCGCAAAGCAGAAGUCGAGAAAGAAGGACACAGCAGCAGACUGAAGCCCUCGGCAUUGCUUGAGCAAUCCAAGGGAAAACCAAGGUAGACUUUCCUGCGCACAGAGGAUAGUGGAAAGCAGAAAAAAAGAUGGCUGAAGAGGAAGAAACCAGGGAAGUGCUCUUUCCAGACUGGGAGGGUGCAGAAGAAACUGGCUUGACCAUUGAACGGACGAGUGAAGGAGACAUCUUUGUAAAGGAGGUGAAAGGAGAGUCACCUGCCGGACGGUCUGGACAAGUAUAUGAAGGUGACCAAAUUGUGGGAGCCACUAUCUACUUUGAUAACAUGAGUUCAGAAGAAACAGCUGACCUACUAAAGACGUUGAACCGCCACAAGGUUGGACUGAAACUACAAAACAAAUCCCCUUGCUGCUCGCCCUUGAGCACACCAUGUCGUUCACCAAUGGGUACACUGACAUGGGAAGGGAAGACCCGGUUUGGAGGUUCCAGUCCAGACAUCAUCCUUAGUGGUGAUGAUGAGGACUAUAAGAGAAUAUACACAAAGAAAAUCAAACCAAGGCUGAAGUCUGAGGACCUUGCAGAAGGAGUUGAUGUUCGUACAGAGCGGCACAGCAGCACAAGCACUGAUGGCAGCACAAUUACUACCAUCACCCGCCGCAUUACUACCUACACAGUGGACAUGCCAAGUGGCCUAAGUGAGCAGCUUGAGGUUUCAAGCCCAGAGUUCAAGGGGCCAAGGAACGAAUCUGCAGAUGGCUCUCCUCGUUUCAAAAUCUCACAUGGCAGCCCUUCAGGUAAAGAGGGAACAGAGGAGGGAGUUUUUGAGUCAAGCAAUGUCUCUUACACUGGGCCACAUGUUAGCUCCACAGAGACACGGUGGGGCAGUGGGGGUGUUAAGACCACAACAUAUACAAGAGAGAUAGAAAAAGAAAGAAGUGCAGGUCUCAAAUUUAAAGGACCAAACUUUGGAAUAACAGGUGGUGGCCAGGCAGGUUUUGAGAUCUCAAAAGGAGGUGGAGAGCAAGGAGAUGGAAGCACCCAGUUGUCUGAAGCAGGCAUGAAACUAAGUGACAGCACAAACACUGGGAGUAAGCAUGUUACAAUAGGAGGGAUAGGAGGUGCAGAGGUUAUCUCUGCGGACGAGAAUGGACGAUCAGCAGUAACAAUUGGCAAUGUUAAAUCGGGAUAUUCCUCAAGGUCUGCCAAGAUUUCAAUGGCAGGUGUGGAUGUAAGUGGUGUGCCAAAGACUGAGGGAGAAAUCAAGGCACCGAUAGUAGACUUCAAAGGUCCAGAUGUAAAUAUUGAGGGAAAUGAAGGGGAUUUCAAAAUGCCUCAGAUAAAGAUACCAUCAUUUGGUGGUCAUGGGGUUGCUAUUAAAGCACCGACAGCUGGUGUUGAAAGCAUUGAUUUAAAAAUCAAAGGAACCAAACCUGAUAUUGACAUUAAAGCACCAGAAAUUGAUGUCAAAACCACUGUGGUUGGCAUUAAAGGGGACAAAGUUGAUAUGGAACGGUCAGAUGCAAACAUUAAUAUCCCAAAAUUGGAUAUUAACAUUGAGGGACAUGAAGCUGGACCCAAUGGCCUAAAAGAUACGAAAUUUCAAGGUGAUGUGUCUGUACCAAAAAUGAAAGUAGGUAAAAAGAUUGUAAAAACUCAAGUGGGACCUAAAACAGCCGAAAUCGAAACACCAUCAUUUGGAAUUAAAGUUCCAAGGGUUGAAGGUCCAGAAGUUAAUGUUCAAGGGCCGAAGAGUGAAUUUGAAAUGCCUAAAAUCAAAAUUCCAUCCUUUAAAGGGGAUGUAAAUCUUCCCAAAGCUGUAAUUGCUGGGAAAGUACCUGAUGUUGACAUCAAAGCUCCACAGAUUGACAUGGAAGUCCCUGUAAAAGGACCAAAGAUCCCAAAUCUUGACUUCAAACUAAAAGGUCCUAGAGUUGAGGGAAAUGUGGAUGCUUCUCUUCCAAAGAUGGAAGGAGGCAUAACAACUUCUGAGGUGGACAUUGAAGGACAAGGAUUUGAUAUUGAGGGCAAAAAAGGUGGAUUUAAAAUGCCUUCAUUUAAAAUGCCAUCACUCAACAUAAAGGGUUCAAACAUAGAGGGUGCAGACAUUGAUGUGUCCCUUCCAAAAGCUAAAGUUGAUGUUCCAGGUACUGACAUUGACAUCAAAUUACCAGAGGUAGAUAUUGAAGGACCAAAACUCAAAGGACCCAAAUUGAAUAUGCCGACAAUGUCAAAUCUGGAUUUAAAGAUAAAAGGUCCAAAAACCGAGGGAGACAUAAGAGCGACUAAAGUUGUUGUUAACCUCCCAGAAGCAAAUGUUGACAUUAAAGCCCCCAAAUUGGAUAUCAAAGGACCAGAGGUUGACUUACCGAGUUCUAGUGGUAAGAUAAAGGGACCUACAAUCAAGAUACCAAACAUCUCAGGACCAAAAAUCUCCAUGCCAGAUGUGAAUGUUAAUUUGAAAGGGCCCACACUCAAAGGUGCAGUGGAUAUGUCAGUUCCAAAGAUCGAAGGAGACAUCAAAACACCCGAUGUUGACAUCAAAGGUCCACAAAUUGAUUUUGGAGGACCCAUGGGUGUAUUUGAAAUGCCGAAAAUCAAAUUGCCAACAUUUGGUAUUAAAUCCCCCGAGAUGGAUCUCAAAGGUCCCGAACUCAACAUGCCAGGAGUUUCCGGACCGAAGAUAGACAUGCCAAACGUCGACUUUGACCCAAAAGCUGCCAAACAUAAAGUUAAUGUGGAUGUGUCAGUUCCAAGAAUUGAGGGAGAUAUCAAAACACCUGAAAUAGAGAUCAAAGGGCCUAAUCUGGAUUUGGAUGCUGAUACCAAUCUGAUGAGGCCCAAGUUCAAGGGGGAUUUAAUAGGGGAUGUUCAAAUGCCAAAAGCUGAACUCAGGGGGCCUGAUGUAACAGUGGAUGUUCCAGAGAUUGGUACAAAGAAAACCAAAUUUAAAAUGCCAAAGUUUGGAUUUAAGGGACCAAAGGUAAAGGCCCCGGAGACUGAUGUCAAAAUGGUACAAGGGGACAUCAGCAUCAAGGAAAAGAAUGGAAGUUCUGAAGGUCUUGAUAUUGACCUGGCAUUGACUGGUUCAAAAACUAAAGGUCAAAAAUUCAAGCUGCCACAAUUAGAGGGAACAGAUGUAAACCUUCCAAAAGCUAGUGUUGAUGUUAAAAUACCAGAGGUUGACAUUACAGGUGACAUCAAAGCUCCCAAAAUUGACAUUGAGGGACCAGAGGUUGACAUUGAGGGGCCAAAAGGAGGAUUCAAAAUGCCCAAACUUAAAUUGCCAUCCUUUGGUGUUAAAGGCCCGAACGUUGAAGGGCCUGAAGUUGAUGUCAGCCUUCCAACAGGAGACAUUGAUAUUAAAGCACCUGAACUGGAAAUGACAGCACUAGAUGUUGACAUUGAGGGUCCUGGUACUAAGGUCAACCUGCCAAGUAUUUCCGGACCAAAAGGAGGAUUUGACAUGCCUCAAAUAAAAAGGCCUUCCUUUGGCUUAAAGGGUCCUACAUUGGAGGGUCCAGAUAUUGAUGUAAACCUUCCAAAAGCUAAUAUUGAUGUUAACGUACCUAAAGGUGACAUUAAAGGGCCAAAAAUUGACAUCGAAAGUCUUGAUGCAAAACUCAAAGGGCCCAGAUUCAACAUGCCAAGUGUGGCAGGACCCAAACUCUCCAUGCCUAGUGUGGAUUUCAAUCUGAGAGGUUCCACUCCUAAAGGUGGUGUUGAUGUUGCACUUCCAAAGAUUGAAGGAACAGAUGUUGAUGUUAACCUUCCAAAAACUAAUAUUGAUGUUAACAUACCUGAGGUUGACAUUAAAGGUGACAUCAAAACUCCCCGGGUUGACUUUGAAGGACCAGAAAUUGACAUUGAGGGGCACAAGGGAGGAUUCAAAAUGCCGAAAUUUAAAAUGCCAGGCUUUGGAGUGAAAGGUCAAAAACUUGAAGGACCUGAUGUUGAUAUCAGCUUGCCAGGAACUGAUAUUGAUAUUAAAGCCCCCGGAUUGGAUAUUGAAGUACCAAAGGUUGACCUAGAGAGUCCUAGUGGCAAGAUCAAGGGAACUAAAUUCAAAAUGCCAACCAUCAGCGGACCAAAUAUCAGUAUGCCAGAUGUGGACUUUAAUCUGAAAGGGCCUUCAUUUAAAGGAGAUAUGUCACUUCCAAAGUUGGAAGGAGACAUAAAAGCCCCUGGUGUUAAUAUCGACGCUCCAGAGAUUGAUCUCAAAGGCCCCAAGGUUGAUGUUUCAGGUCCAAAAGGUGGAUUUGACAUGCCUCAUAUAAAAAUGCCUUCCUUUGGCUUCAAGGGCCCUAAAUUGGAGGGUCCAGAUGUUGAUGUAAACCUUCCAAAGGCUAAUAUUGAUGUGACAGUACCUAAGGUUGACAUUAAAGGGCCAGAAAUUGACAUUGAAGGUCCUGAUGCCAAAUUCAAAACACCUAAAAUUAAAAUGCCAUCACUCUCAGGACCCAAGCUUCCGGAGUGGGACCUUAGUCUAAAGGGGCCCAAAAUGAAGGGAGAUGUUGAUGUGUCUGCUCCAAAGAUCGAAGGUGACAUCAAAGCUCCAAAAAUUGACAUUGAAGGACCAGAUGUUGACAUUGAGGGGCCAAAAGGAGGAUUCAAAAUGCCUAAAUUUAAGAUGCCAGGCUUUGGAGUGAAAGGUCCAAAACUUGAAGGGCCAGAAGUUGAUGUCAGCUUGCCAGACGUUGACCUUGAGAGUCCUGGUGGCAAUAUCAAGGGAACUAAAUUCAAAAUGCCAACCAUCACCGGACCUAAAGUCAGUAUGCCAGAUGUUGACUUCAAUCUGAAAGGGCCUUCAUUUAAAGGAGAUAUGUCACUUCCAAAGUUUGAAGGAGACUUAAAAGCACCUGGUAUUGAUAUCGAUACUCCAGAGAUUGAUAUUAAAGGCCCCAAGGUUGAUGUUUCAGGUCCAAAAGGUGGAUUUGACAUGCCUCAUAUAAAAAUGCCUUCCUUUGGCUUCAAGGGCCCUAAAUUGGAGGGUCCAGAUGUUGAUGUAAACCUUCCAAAGGCUAAUAUUGAUGUUUCAGUACCUAAGGUUGACAUUAAAGGGCCAGACAUUGACAUUGAAGGUCCUGAUGCCAAAUUCAAAACACCUAAAAUUAAAAUGCCAUCAAUCUCAGGACCCAAGCUUCCAGAGUGGGACCUUAGUCUAAAGGGGCCCAAAAUGAAGGGAGAUGUUGAUGUGUCUGCUCCAAAGAUCGAAGGUGACAUCAAAGCUCCAAAAAUUGACAUUGAAGGACCAGAUGUUGACAUUGAGGGGCCAAAAGGAGGAUUCAAAAUGCCUAAAUUUAAGAUGCCAGGCUUUGGAGUGAAAGGUCCAAAACUUGAAGGGCCAGAAGUUGAUGUAAGCUUGCCAGACGUUGACCUUGAGAGUCCUAGUGGCAAUAUCAAGGGAACUAAAUUCAAAAUGCCAACCAUCACCGGACCUAAAGUCAGUAUGCCAGAUGUUGACUUCAAUCUGAAAGGGCCUUCAUUUAAAGGAGAUAUGUCACUUCCAAAGUUUGAAGGAGACUUAAAAGCACCUGGUAUUGAUAUCGAUACUCCAGAGAUUGAUAUUAAAGGCCCCAAGGUUGAUGUUUCAGGUCCAAAAGGUGGAUUUGACAUGCCUCAUAUAAAAAUGCCUUCCUUUGGCUUCAAGGGCCCUAAAUUGGAGGGUCCAGAUGUUGAUGUAAACCUUCCAAAGGCUAAUAUUGAUGUGACAGUACCUAAGGUUGACAUUAAAGGGCCAGAAAUUGACAUUGAAGGUCCUGAUGGCAAAUUCAAAACACCUAAAAUUAAAAUGCCAUCACUCUCAGGACCCAAGCUUCCGGAGUGGGACCUUAGUCUAAAGGGGCCCAAAAUGAAGGGAGAUGUUGAUGUGUCUGUUCCAAAGAUCGAAGGUGACAUCAAAGCUCCAAAAAUUGACAUUGAAGGACCAGAUGUUGACAUUGAGGGGCCAAAAGGAGGAUUCAAAAUGCCUAAAUUUAAAAUGCCAGGCUUUGGAGUGAAAGGUCCAAAACUUGAAGGGCCAGAAGUUGAUGUCAGCUUGCCAAGAACCGAAGUUGAUAUUGAAGCCCCCGGAUUGGAUAUCAAAGGACCGGAGGUUGACCUUGAGGCUCCUAGGGGCAAGAUCAAGGGAACUAAAUUCAAAAUGCCAACCAUCAGCGGACCAAAGAUCAGUAUGCCAGAUGUGGACUUCAAUCUGAAAGGGCCUUCAUUUAAAGGAGAUAUGUCACUUCCAAAGUUGGAAGGAGACAUAACAGCACCUGAUGUGGAUGUCAAUGCUCCAGACCUUAACAUUCAAGGUCCAAAAGGUGGAUUUGACAUGCCUCAUAUAAAAAUGCCUUCCUUUGGCUUCAAGGGCCCUAAAUUGGAGGGUCCAGAUGUUGAUGUAAACCUUCCAAAGGCUAAUAUUGAUGUGAACGUACCUAAGGUUGACAUUAAAGGGCCAGAACUUGACAUUCAAGGUCCUGAUGCCAAAUUCAAAACACCUACAAUUAAAAUGCCAUCACUCUCAGGACCCAAGCUUCCAGAGUGGGACCUUAGUCUAAAGGGGCCCAAAAUGAAGGGAGAUGUUGAAGUGUCUGUUCCAAAGAUCGAAGGUGACAUCAAAGCUCCAAAAAUUGACAUUGAAGGAGCAGAUGUUGACAUUGAGGGGCCAAAAGGAGGAUUCAAAAUGCCUAAAUUUAAAAUGCCAGGCUUUGGAGUGAAAGGUCCAAAACUUGAAGGGCCCGAAGUUGAUGUCAGCUUGCCAGGAACUGAAGUUGAUAUUGAAGCCCCCGGGUUGGAUAUCAAAGGACCGGAGGUUGACUUUGAGACUCCUAGUGGCAAAAUCAAGGGAACUAAAUUCAAAAUGCCAACCAUCAGCGGACCAAAGAUCAGUAUGCCAGAUGUGGACUUCAAUCUGAAAGGGCCUUCAUUUAAAGGAGAUAUGUCACUUCCAAAGUUGGAAGGAGACAUAACAGCACCUGAUGUUGAUGUCAAUGCUCCAGACCUUAACAUUCAAGGUCCAAAAGGUGGAUUUGACAUGCCUCAUAUAAAAAUGCCUUCCUUUGGCUUCAAGGGCCCUAAAUUGGAGGGUCCAGAUGUUGAUGUAAACCUUCCAAAGGCUAAUAUUGAUGUGAAAGUACCUAAGGUUGACAUUAAAGGGCCAGAAAUUGACAUUGAAGGUCCUGAUGCCAAAUUCAAAACACCUAAAAUUAAAAUGCCAUCACUCUCAGGACCCAAGCUUCCAGAGUGGGACCUUAGUCUAAAGGGGCCCAAAAUGAAGGGAGAUGUUGAAAUGUCUGUUCCAAAGAUCGAAGGUGACAUCAAAGCUCCAAAAAUUGACAUUGAAGGAGCAGAUGUUGACAUUGAGGGGCCAAAAGGAGGAUUCAAAAUGCCUAAAUUUAAAAUGCCAGGCUUUGGAGUGAAAGGUCCAAAACUUGAAGGGCCCGAAGUUGAUAUCAGCUUGCCGGGAACUGAAGUUGAUAUUGAAGCCCCCGAGUUGGAUAUCAAAGGACCGGAGGUUGACUUUGAGACUCCUAGUGGCAAAAUCAAGGGAACUAAAUUCAAAAUGCCGGCCAUCAGCGGACCAAAGAUCAGUAUGCCAGAUGUGGACUUCAAUCUGAAAGGGCCUUCAUUUAAAGGAGAUAUGUCACUUCCAAAGUUGGAAGGAGACAUAAAAGCACCUGAUGUUGAUGUCAAUGCUCCAGACCUUAACAUUCAAGGUCCAAAAGGUGGAUUUGACAUGCCUCAUAUAAAAAUGCCUUCCUUUGGCUUUAAGGGCCCUAAAUUAGAGGGUCUAGAUGUUGAUGUAAACCUUCCAAAGGCUAAUAUUGAUGUGAACGUACCUAAGGUUGACAUUAAAGGGCCAGAAAUUGACAUUGAAGGUCCUGAUGCCAAAUUCAAAACACCUAAAAUUAAAAUGCCAUCACUCUCAGGACCCAAGCUUCCAGAGUGGGACCUUAGUCUAAAGGGGCCCAAAAUGAAGGGAGAUGUUGAUGUGUCUGCUCCAAAGAUCGAAGGUGACAUCAAAGCUCCAAAAAUUGACAUUGAAGGACCAGAUGUUGACAUUGAGGGACACAGAGGAGGAUUCAAAAUGCCUAAAUUUAAAAUGCCAGGCUUUGGAGUGAAAGGUCCAAAACUUGAAGGGCCCGAAGUUGAUGUCAGCUUGCCAGGAACUGAAGUUGAUAUUGAAGCCCCCGGAUUGGAUAUCAAAGGACCGGAGGUUGACUUUGAGACUCCUAGUGGCAAGAUCAAGGGAACUAAAUUCAAAAUGCCAACCAUCAGCGGACCAAAGAUCAGUAUGCCAGAUGUGGACUUCAAUCUGAAAGGGCCUUCAUUUAAAGGAGAUAUGUCACUUCCAAAGUUGGAAGGAGACAUAAAAGCACCUGAUGUUGAUAUCAAUGCUCCAGACCUUAACAUUAAAGGUCCAAAAGGUGGAUUUGACAUGCCUCAUAUAAAAAUGCCUUCCUUUGGCUUCAAGGGCCCUAAAUUGGAGGGUCCAGAUGUUGAUGUAAACCUUCCAAAAGCGAAUAUUGAUGUCAACUUACCUAAAGUUGACUUUGAAGGGCCAGAUAUUGACAUUGAAGGUCCUGAUGCAAAAUUCAAAACACCUAAAAUCAAAAUGCCAUCACUGUCAGGACCCAAGCUUCCAGAGUGGGACCUCAGUCUGAAGGGGCCCAACAUGAAGGGAGGUGUUGAUGUGUCUGUUCCAAAGAUAAAAGGUGAUAUCAAAACUCCAAAGGUUGACAUUGAAGGGCCAGAGCUUGACAUUGAUGGGCACAGAGGAGGAUUCAAAAUGCCGAAAUUUAAAAUGCCACACUUCGGAGGGAAAGGUCCAAAACUUGAAGGACCUGAUGUUGAUGUCAGCUUGCCAGGCACUGAUAUUGAUAUUAAAAGUCCUGGAUUGGAUAUCAAAGGACCAGAGGUUGACCUGGAGAGUCCUAGUGGCAAAAUCAAGGGAACUAAAUUCAAAAUGCCAAACAUCAGCGGACCAAAGAUCAGUAUGCCAGAUGUGGACUUCAAUCUGAAAGGACAUUCAUUGAAAGGAGAUAUGUCACUUCCAAAGCUGGAAGGAGACAUGAAAGCACCUGAUGUUGAUAUCAAUGCUCCAGACUUUAAUAUUCAAGGUCCAAAAGGUGGAUUUGACAUGCCUCAUAUAAAAAUGCCUUCCUUUGGCUUCAAGGGCCCUAAAUUGGAGGGUCCAGAUGUUGAUGUAAAUCUUCCAAAAGCUAAUAUUGAUGUUAACCUACCUAAGGUAGACGUUAAAGGGCCAGAAAUUGACAUUGAAGGUCCUGAUGCAAAAUUCAAAACACCCAACAUAAAAAUGCCAUCACUCUCAGGACCCAAGCUUCCAGAGUGGGACCUCAGUCUUAAGGGGCCGAAAAUGAAGGGAGGUGUUGAUGUGUCUACUCCAAAGAUAAAAGGUGAUAUCAAAACUCCAAAGGUUGACAUUGAAGGGCCAGAGCUUGACAUUGAUGGGCACAGAGGAGGAUUCAAAAUGCCGAAAUUUAAAAUGCCACACUUCGGAGGGAAAGGUCCAAAACUUGAAGGACCUGAUGUUGAUGUCAGCUUGCCAGGCACUGAUAUUGAUAUUAAAGCUCACGGAUUGGAUAUCAAAGGACCAGAGGUUGACCUGGAGAGUCCUAGUGGCAAAAUCAAGGGAACUAAAUUCAAAAUGCCAACCAUCACCGGACCAAAGAUCAAUAUGCCAGAUGUGGACUUCAAUCUGAAAGGACCUUCAUUUAAAGGAGAUAUGUCACUUCCAAAGGUGGAGGGAGACAUAAAAGCACCUGAUGUUGAUAUCAAUGCCCCAGACUUUAAUAUUCAAGGUCCAAAAGGUGGAUUUGAUAUGCCUCAUAUAAAAAUGCCUUCCUUUGGCUUCAAGGGUCCUAAAUUGGAGGGUCCAGAUGUUGAUGUAAACCUUCCAAAAGCCAAUAUUGAUGUUAAUGUACCUAAGGUUGACAUUGAAGGGCCAGAAGUUGACAUUGAAGGUCCUGAUGCAAAAUUCAAAACACCUAAAAUUAAAAUGCCAUCACUGUCAGGACCCAAGCUUCCAGAUUGGGACCUCAGUCUGAAGGGGCACAAAAUGAAGGGAGGUGUUGAUGUGUCUAUUCCAAAGAUUAAAGGUGAUAUCAAAACUCCCAAGGUUGACAUUGAAGGGCCAGAAGUGGACAUUGAAGGGCACAGAGGAGGAUUCAAAAUGCCGAAAUUUAAAAUGCCACACUUUGGAGGAAAAGGUCCAAAACUUGAAGGACCUGAUGUUGAUGUCAGCUUGCCAGGAAGUGAUAUUGAUAUUAAAGCUCCCGGAUUGGAUAUCAAAGGACCAGAGGUUGACCUUGAGAGUCCUAGUGGUAAAAUCAAGGGAACUAAAUUCAAAAUGCCAACGAUCACCGGACCAAAGAUCAGUAUGCCAGAUGUGGACUUCAAUCUGAAAGGGCCUUCAUUAAAAGGUGAUAUGUCACUUCCAAAGUUGAAAGGAGACAUAAAAGCACCUGAUGUUGAUAUCAAUGCUCCAGACUUCAAUAUUCAAGGUCCCCAAGUUGAUGUUAAAGGUCCAAAAGGUGGAUUUGACAUGCCUCAUAUCAAAAUGCCUUCCUUUGGCUUCAAGGGCCCUAAAUUGGAGGGUCCAGAUGUUGAUGUAAACCUUCCAAAAGCGAAUAUUGAUGUCAACUUACCUAAAGUUGACUUUGAAGGGCCAGAAAUUGACAUUGAAGGUCCUGAUGCAAAAUUCAAAACACCUAAAAUUAAAAUGCCAUCACUGUCAGGACCCAAGCUUCCAGAGUGGGACCUCAGUCUUAAGGGGCCCAACAUGAAGGGAGGUGUUGAUAUGUCUAUUCCAAAGAUAGAAGGUGAUAUCAAAACUCCAAAGGUUGACAUUGAAGGGCCUGAAGUUGACAUUGAGGGACACAGAGGAGGAUUCAAAAUGCCGACAUUUAAAAUGCCACACUUUGGAGGGAAAGGUCCAAAACUUGAAGGGCCUGAUGUGGAUGUCAGCUUGCCAGAAACUGAUAUUGAUAUUAAAGCUCCCGGUUUGGAUAUCAAAGGACCAGAGGUUGACCUGGAGAGUCCUAGUGGCAAAAUCAAGGGAACUAAAUUCAAAAUGCCAACCAUCAGCGGACCAAAGAUUAGUAUGCCAGAUGUGGACUUCAAUCUGAAAGGGCCUUCAUUUAAAGGAGAUAUGUCACUUCCAAAGUUGGAAGGAGACAUAAAAGCACCUGAUGUUGAUAUCAAUGCUCCAGACCUUAACAUUAAAGGUCCAAAAGGUGGAUUUGACAUGCCUCAUAUAAAAAUGCCUUCCUUUGGCUUCAAAGGCCCUAAAUUGGAGGGUCCAGAUGUUGAUGUAAACCUUCCAAAAGCGAAUAUUGAUGUCAACUUACCUAAAGUUGACUUUGAAGGGCCAGAAAUUGACAUUGAAGGUCCUGAUGCAAAAUUCAAAACACCUAAAAUUAAAAUGCCAUCACUGUCAGGACCCAAGCUUCCAGAGUGGGACCUCAGUCUUAAGGGGCCCAACAUGAAGGGAGGUGUUGAUGUGUCUAUUCCAAAGAUAGAAGGUGAUAUCAAAACUCCCAAGGUUGACAUUGAAGGGCCAGAAGUUGACAUUGACGGGCACAGAGGAGGAUUCAAAAUGCCGAAAUUUAAAAUGCCAAACUUUGGAGGAAAAAGUCCAAAACUUGAAGGGCCUGAUGUUGAUGUCAGCUUGCCAGAAACUGAUAUUGAUAUUAAAGCUCCCGGAUUGGAUAUCAAAGGACCAGAGGUUGACCUGGAGAGUCCUAGUGGCAAGAUCAAGGGAACUAAAUUUAAAAUGCCAACCAUCAGCGGACCAAAGAUCAGUAUGCCAGACGUGGACUUCAAUCUGAAAGGGCCUUCAUUUAAAGGAGAUAUGUCACUUCCAAAGUUGGAAGGAGACAUAAAAGCACCUGCUGUUGAUAUCAAUGCUCCAGACCUUAACAUUAAAGGUCCAAAAGGUGGAUUUGAUAUGCCUCAUAUUAAAAUGCCUUCCUUUGGCUUCAAGGGCUCUAAAUUGGAGGGUCCAGAUGUUGAUGUAAACCUUCCAAAAGCGAAUAUUGAUGUCAACUUACCUAAAGUUGACAUUGAAGGUCCAGAAAUUGACAUUGAAGGUCCUGAUGCAAAAUUCAAAACACCUAAAAUUAAAAUGCCAUCACUGUCAGGACCCAAGCUUCCAGAGUGGGACCUCAGUCUUAAGGGGCCCAACAUGAAGGGAGGUGUUGAUGUGUCUAUUCCAAAGAUAGAAGGUGAUAUCAAAACUCCCAAGGUUGACAUUGAAGGGCCAGAAAUUGACAUUGACGGGCACAGAGGAGGAUUCAAAAUGCCGAAAUUUAAAAUGCCAAACUUUGGAGGGAAAGGUCCAAAACUUGAAGGGCCUGAUGUUGAUGUCAGCUUGCCAGAAACUGAUAUUGAUAUUAAAGCUCCCGGAUUGGAUAUCAAAGGACCAGAGGUUGACCUGGAGAGUCCUAGUGGCAAAAUCAAGGGAACAAAAUUCAAAAUGCCAACCAUCAGCGGACCAAAGAUUAGUAUGCCAGAUGUGGACUUCAAUCUGAAAGGGCCUUCAUUUAAAGGAGAUAUGUCACUUCCAAAGUUGGAAGGAGACAUAAAAGCACCUGUUGUUGAUAUCAAUGCUCCAGACCUUAACAUUAAAGGUCCAAAAGGUGGAUUUGACAUGCCUCAUAUAAAAAUGCCUUCCUUUGGCUUCAAGGGCCCUAAAUUGGAGGGUCCAGAUGUUGAUGUAAACCUUCCAAAAGCGAAUAUUGAUGUCAACUUACCUAAAGUUGACAUUGAAGGGCCAGAAAUUGACAUUGAAGGUCCUGAUGCAAAAUUCAAAACACCCAAAAUUAAAAUGCCAUCACUGUCAGGACCCAAGCUUCCAGAGUGGGACCUCAGUCUUAAGGGGCCCAACAUGAAGGGAGGUGUUGAUGUGUCUAUUCCAAAGAUAGAAGGUGAUAUCAAAACUCCCAAGAUUGACAUUGAAGGGCCAGAAGUUGACAUUGACGGGCACAGAGGAGGAUUCAAAAUGCCGAAAUUUAAAAUGCCAAACUUUGGAGGGAAAGGUCCAAAACUUGAAGGGCCUGAUGUUGAUGUCAGCUUGCCAGAAACUGAUAUUGAUAUUAAAGCUCCCGGAUUGGAUAUCAAAGGACCAGAGGUUGACCUGGAGAGUCCUAGUGGCAAAAUCAAGGGAACAAAAUUCAAAAUGCCAACCAUCAGCGGACCAAAGAUUAGUAUGCCAGAUGUGGACUUCAAUCUGAAAGGGCCUUCAUUUAAAGGAGAUAUGUCACUUCCAAAGUUGGAAGGAGACAUAAAAGCACCUGAUGUUGAUAUCAAUGCUCCAGACCUUAACAUUAAAGGUCCAAAAGGUGGAUUUGACAUGCCUCAUAUAAAAAUGCCUUCCUUUGGCUUCAAGGGCCCUAAAUUGGAGGGUCCAGAUGUUGAUGUAAACCUUCCAAAAGCGAAUAUUGAUGUCAACUUACCUAAAGUUGACAUUGAAGGGCCAGAAAUUGACAUUGAAGGUCCUGAUGCAAAAUUCAAAACACCCAAAAUUAAAAUGCCAUCACUGUCAGGACCCAAGCUUCCAGAGUGGGACCUCAGUCUUAAGGGGCCCAACAUGAAGGGAGGUGUUGAUGUGUCUAUUCCAAAGAUAGAAGGUGAUAUCAAAACUCCCAAGAUUGACAUUGAAGGGCCAGAAGUUGACAUUGACGGGCACAGAGGAGGAUUCAAAAUGCCGAAAUUUAAAAUGCCAAACUUUGGAGGGAAAGGUCCAAAACUUGAAGGGCCUGAUGUUGAUGUCAGCUUGCCAGAAACUGAUAUUGAUAUUAAAGCUCCCGGAUUGGAUAUCAAAGGACCAGAGGUUGACCUGGAGAGUCCUAGUGGCAAAAUCAAGGGAACAAAAUUCAAAAUGCCAACCAUCAGCGGACCAAAGAUUAGUAUGCCAGAUGUGGACUUCAAUCUGAAAGGGCCUUCAUUUAAAGGAGAUAUGUCACUUCCAAAGUUGGAAGGAGACAUAAAAGCACCUGAUGUUGAUAUCAAUGCUCCAGACCUUAACAUUAAAGGUCCAAAAGGUGGAUUUGACAUGCCUCAUAUAAAAAUGCCUUCCUUUGGCUUCAAGGGCCCUAAAUUGGAGGGUCCAGAUGUUGAUGUAAACCUUCCAAAAGCGAAUAUUGAUGUCAACUUACCUAAAGUUGACUUUGAAGGGCCAGAAAUUGACAUUGAAGGUCCUGAUGCAAAAUUCAAAACACCCAAAAUUAAAAUGCCAUCACUGUCAGGACCCAAGCUUCCAGAGUGGGACCUCAGUCUUAAGGGGCCCAACAUGAAGGGAGGUGUUGAUGUGUCUAUUCCAAAGAUAGAAGGUGAUAUCAAAACUCCCAAGAUUGACAUUGAAGGGCCAGAAGUUGACAUUGACGGGCACAGAGGAGGAUUCAAAAUGCCGAAAUUUAAAAUGCCAAACUUUGGAGGGAAAGGUCCAAAACUUGAUGGGCCUGAUGUUGAUGUCAGCUUGCCAGAAACUGAUAUUGAUAUUAAAGCUCCCGGAUUGGAUAUCAAAGGACCAGAGGUUGACCUGGAGAGUCCUAGUGGCAAAAUCAAGGGAACCAAAUUCAAAAUGCCAACCAUCAGCGGACCAAAGAUUAGUAUGCCAGAUGUGGACUUCAAUCUGAAAGGGCCUUCAUUUAAAGGAGAUAUGUCACUUCCAAAGUUGGAAGGAGACAUAAAAGCACCUGAUGUUGAUAUCAAUGCUCCAGACCUUAACAUUAAAGGUCCAAAAGGUGGAUUUGAUAUGCCUCAUAUAAAAAUGCCUUCCUUUGGCUUCAAGGGCUCUAAAUUGGAGGGUCCAGAUGUUGAUGUAAACCUUCCAAAAGCGAAUAUUGAUGUCAACUUACCUAAAGUUGACAUUGAAGGUCCAGAAAUUGACAUUGAAGGUCCUGAUGCAAAAUUCAAAACACCUAAAAUUAAAAUGCCAUCACUGUCAGGACCCAAGCUUCCAGAGUGGGACCUCAGUCUUAAGGGGCCCAACAUGAAGGGAGGUGUUGAUGUGUCUAUUCCAAAGAUAGAAGGUGAUAUCAAAACUCCCAAGGUUGACAUUGAAGGGCCAGAAAUUGACAUUGACGGGCACAGAGGAGGAUUCAAAAUGCCGAAAUUUAAAAUGCCAAACUUUGGAGGGAAAGGUCCAAAACUUGAAGGGCCUGAUGUUGAUGUCAGCUUUCCAGAAACUGAUAUUGAUAUUAAAGCUCCCGGAUUGGAUAUCAAAGGACCAGAGGUUGACCUGGAGAGUCCUAGUGGCAAAAUCAAGGGAACAAAAUUCAAAAUGCCAACCAUCAGCGGACCAAAGAUUAGUAUGCCAGAUGUGGACUUCAAUCUGAAAGGGCCUUCAUUUAAAGGAGAUAUGUCACUUCCAAAGUUGGAAGGAGACAUAAAAGCACCUGAUGUUGAUAUCAAUGCUCCAGACCUUAACAUUAAAGGUCCAAAAGGUGGAUUUGACAUGCCUCAUAUAAAAAUGCCUUCCUUUGGCUUCAAGGGCCCUAAAUUGGAGGGUCCAGAUGUUGAUGUAAACCUUCCAAAAGCGAAUAUUGAUGUCAACUUACCUAAAGUUGACUUUGAAGGGCCAGAAAUUGACAUUGAAGGUCCUGAUGCAAAAUUCAAAACACCCAAAAUUAAAAUGCCAUCACUGUCAGGACCCAAGCUUCCAGAGUGGGACCUCAGUCUUAAGGGGCCCAACAUGAAGGGAGGUGUUGAUGUGUCUAUUCCAAAGAUAGAAGGUGAUAUCAAAACUCCCAAGGUUGACAUUGAAGGGCCAGAUGUUGACAUUGAGGGGCACAGAGGAGGAUUCAAAAUGCCGAAAUUUAAAAUACCAACCUUUGGUGGGAAGAGUCCCAAAUUUGAAGGACCUGAUGUUGAUGUUGGUUUGUCAGGAACUGACAUUGAUAUUAAAGCCCCUGGAUUGGAUAUCAAAGGACCAGAGGUUGACCUAGAGAGUCCUAGUGGCAAGUUAAAGGGACCAAGAAUCCAAAUGCCAACCAUAUCAGGACCAAAGAUCAGUAUGCCAGAUGUUGACUUCAAUCUAAAAGGGCCAUCAUUUAAAGGUGAUAUGUCACUUCCAAAGUUCGAAGGAGACUUAAAAGCACCCGGUGUUCAUAUCGACACUCCAGAGAUUGAUCUUAAAGGCCCCAUGGUUGAUGUUUCGGGUCCAAAAGGUGGAUUUGACAUGCCUCAUAUAAAAAUGCCUUCCUUUGGCUUCAAGGGCCCUAAAUUGGAGGGUCCAGAUGUUGAUGUAAACCUUCCAAAAGCUAAUAUUGAUGUUAACGUACCUAAGGUUGACAUUAAAGGGCCAGAAAUUGACAUUGAAGGUCCUGAUGCCAAAUUCAAAGGAACCAAGAUCAAAUUGCCAUCACUGUCAGGACCCAAGCUUCCAGAGUGGGAUCUUAGUAUGAAGGGGCCCAACAUGAAGGGAGGUGUUGAUAUGUCUGGUCCAAUGAUUGAGGGUGACAUAAAAGCUCCCAAGGUUGAUAUUGAAGGACCAGAAUUUGACUUUGAGGGUCAGAAAGGAGGAUUUAAAAUGCCCAAGUUUACAAUGCCAACAUUUGGUGGAAAAGGUCCUAAACUUGAAGGCCCAGAAAUUGAUGCUAGCCUUCCAACACCGGACAUUGAUAUUAAAGCACCUGAAGUGGAUAUCACUGGACUAGAUGCUGACAUUGAGAGUUCUAGUGGUAAGUUUAAAGGGCCCAGAUUCAAUGUGCCAAAUAUUUCAGGACCUAAACUCUCCAUGCCCAGUGUGGAUUUCAAUCUGAAAGGUUCCACUCCUAAAGGGGGUGUUGAUGUCUCAGUUCCAAAGCUGGAAGGACCUGAACUCAAAUCACCAACCAUGACAAUAGAAGGUGGAAAGACAGGUGUUACAUUUCCCAAGUUCAAGGGUCCUAAGUUUGGAAUGAAAUCGCCAGAAGUUGAAGGUCCUGAUUUAAUGGUUAAAAAACCCAUGUUCAGUGUGGGAGCUAAAGGUUCCAAAACAGAUGUACAUCUCCCAGACACUGAAGCAAGUCUAGGUGCCCCUGAUAUUGACAUCAGUGUAAAGGGGAAAAGGGGUAAAUUUAAGCUUCCUAAAGUGAAAGCAAAGGCAAAGAAAUCUGAUUUUGACAUAGCAACACCAGCCAUAGAUGUUGAUGUAGACACACCAAAUAUUCAUGUCAAAGGAACAAAAGUAAAGAAGCCUAUGUUCGGUAGGCUUCAUUUUCCUGAUGUGGAAUUUGAUAUGAAAUCACCAAAAUUAAAAGGUGCUGGGUCUUUAUCUGAGGGACUGAAAUCACCUGACAUAGAUUUGCCAUCUGUACGCCUGAAUGCUGCUUCUGAUGGAUCUUCCAUGGCGUGUUCAGAUGUUAGGUUGGAAGGGUCAGAUUUGAAAUUAAGGACUUCUGAUGCAAAUUUUUCGGUGGGCAGUGCAAGUGGUGGCCUUCAAUACCCAGAGGGUACAGUCACAUUCCCCAAGAUCAAGGUACCAACAUUUGGUAUUGCUCUCCCUCAGCUAAAAGGCGAAGAAGGUGGAGGAAAUGUAAAAUCUGAAUUUUCAGUAACUGGAGGAAUAAAUCUACAGCCUCCGUCGGUUAGUGCCCGGAAUGUUGAGGUUGCCAGUCCAGAACUAAAGCAAAGUGAAAGUAAAGUAAGGGUAAAGAUGCCAAAACUAUUUGGCAAAUCAAAAGCAAAGGGCAGUAGUGUAGGUGACGUUCGGGGACCUGAGGGAGAAUUCAGUGCCAGUGGAAAAGGAAGUAAAGACCUAAGUGUGCACACUGGCGAAUUAAAACUAGAAGGUGAUCCUGGACUUGGUGUGUCAACUAAAGGCAAGUCAGCCUCACUAGAUCUUUUCAAGAAAUCAAGGCAUCGGUCGUCGUCUCUGAGUGAUGAGGGAGGGCUUGCGGUCAGUUCUCCUUCAGUUCACCUAGAUGCUGAGGGUGGCGACAUUUCAUUAGACAUGGGAGGAAGCAAGGUUAAAGGAAAGAAAAGCAAGUUGAAGUUUGGCACCUUUGGAGGGUUUGGUUCAAAGUCUAAGGGCUCAUAUGAAGUGACACUUGGUGAGGGCAGUGAAGCAGGAGCAGAGGGAAGUGCAGGUCUGUCCCUACCCUCUAAAAAGUCAAGAUUGUCCUCAUCUUCCAGCAGUGACAGUGUUUCAAGAGGCGGUUUUAGGUUCCCAAGACUUGAACUAUCGGUCUCACCCAAAAAAUGAUUGGUUAUUAAGCCAAUUCAACUCUCAUGUACAGUCAAAAAUACUCUCCUAGAACGGUAAAUUCUUUAAACAGCACUUUGUUUAAAUCUCUGGAGACACAGUCAUCUUAAUGUCAUUAACAAUAAGAAAUUAUUUUCUCUUUUUUUUCAAUAAUUAGUCAGGAGUGCAUGAGAUUGUUUAAAAUCCCUUCAAACUGUAAAUAAGAUUAAUUUGUAUUGUAAUAAUAAAUAUUGUUUUUUGUACAUAGUCCAGAUUUAUUGAAAGUAUGCCAUAUCACCAAAUAUCCAUCAAUAGUUUAUUACAGGGUUUGUCAUUUUGUCCUACUACAUUCUAUUAAAUUAAUGUUUUAUUGAACGGGUGUGGUAUGUUUGUAUCCAGGGGUCUAAUGCACAGAACAGAUCGUUACAAUAAUUAUUUUGAAGGAAAAUCCUGUUUAUACACAAAACACAAAUACAAACAUUUACCAGUUUUUCUUAAUGAAACAAUUUUAUUUUCAACCUUUGAUAUAAUAUAACCGUUGUAGAAGUAUAUUUAUGUAACAGAGAGCUGGCCAGCGGCGGACUUGGAGCAUCAGACAUCAGAUUUUGGAGGCUAACCAAUGUAACAGAUAGAAAUUAGUCUGUGGAAAUAGGUAUUUUCUCAAUAACUCAGUCUGUUAUUUUGUUGGUUGAAUUCAUUAUGAGGUUUAUUCACAGAGUGGUAAUGACAAAUCAUACAUUUUUUAAGUCAGAAUUUUCUCUGAAAUUGUCUCACACGCAGUCUUUAUUUUUUUUAUCAUUAAUUUUAUUUAUUAUUUUUAUUGCUUGAUUCAGUUUAAUUAAUUUUGUAUAUUUUAAUUAAUUCAUUAAUUAAUUUUUUAUCUCACUAAUUCAUUCAUAUAUUCACAGACUGAACUAAUGUGGCAUCCUAUUUACAGGAAGGUCGCUUUAAAAAAAAAAAUCACUCUAACUUCUAACCUAAUGCUUCGAAAGAAUGCACACUUUGAAAUGAGUGCAGUCCGCCACUGGCUGGCCCUAACACAUACACAUUCUAAAGGGUGAUGGUGUUGUAUACACCAUAUUUGCAAAGACAAUCACUGUUUAGAAAAACUAUCAACCCUCUCUAAAAUGCUGUAAGUACUUCUCUGUUCAUUUUUAAGCAAAUCAAUUCACCUUCAAAUUUUGUGAUUUUAUCAAAAAUAUGCAUUUGUGUCACUUGUUUUAAACAGUCUGUGCUUCCUUAUUUUCAUUCUUACCUUUUUUACGAUCCUCUGUAUUUUAUUUCUUUUGUCACUCUCUGUACACACUGCUUAUGAAUAUGUAAAACUAUGUCACAAAUAUAGACAUUUGUAUUUCAUUUGUAUCCACAAAUAUGCAUUGACAGAGAGUUGCAUAGUUUGGAUCAGAUAUGAUGAAAAUGGAACACAAUAUUUUGGGUCUAUUCUUUUGUUUGCAUUCUGCCAAAGAAACUAAAUAAAAAAAUUAUAGAAUUAAUAA